AUGAAAAAUGAGCAUCUUUUAAACAAAGAUUACGACCUUGCAAAAAAAUUAAGAUUGCUUUGCUUGAUUGCGAUUUUCCUUCCCAAAUAUAUUACACAUCUCCAUGACUAA